UAAGCACACGACUUUAAAUUACACCCCGAUCUAAUGUCACUGUUAUCUGAUGAUUUUACAUCGGAAAUACGUUUUGAAUUCAAACCUUAAGAACGGUGAACAUUUUAUUUUCUCCAUUUUUUUUCUAGCUUAACUGUUGUAAGUCAGAUUUAAGUAGUUUCUUAUUCCUUCCGAAUUAUAUUGCUUCGGUUAUUUUGCGUUGAUCAUGCAGCUUUUGGUAUCCCUGUGUCAGAUUAUGCUUGGACAAGUGUGUUUUAUUUCAGGUAUGUUGUCCGAUAUAUCAACCAUAUUUCGGACUGGUAAUGUUACGUUUAUUUGGACCCCUUCACCCAGUGUUUCGUUUUACGAUAUCAAGAUCACCAGAGACAAAACAGAAGAUCGUGACUGGAUUCGUGUACAAGAAACACAAUAUACAGUUAGAAAUUCAUUGUUGUAUGAUGUCAUCAAAAUCAAUUUCAAAGCAAAUGGUUCAAUGAUAGAAAACACCAUGAUAUAUAAAGUUUCUAAGGCUCAAAUCCAGAUCGGAGACCCGGUGAAUAUUUCGUGGACUGCUGCGUUCUUUCCAAUAACCGGACAAUAUAACGUUUACCAUACAUAUAAGGUAAAUAAAACUAUUUUCCAAUUACAAAAUGAAGGGAUUUUAUAUGGUGGCCAUAACGUAUCGAAUAAGUAUAGAUACAUCACCAGACCAUACAACUCCGUCAACAUUUCAUUUGAGAUAAGACAUACAACUGUUGACGAUGCUGGGUAUUACGCCGGUGGCCCAACAGCCGAUUCUGCGUGGUCGGGUGGUGGAGUUGUGCUGAUUGUUUUCGGUAAGUUGGUUUUUUUUAUUGUUCUUGGGUCACCUAAAACAAAGUUCAAAUGA